CUCACCCUGAAAAACCUUCUUUUUUCAAUUACUCUGUACUCUGCUUCAAACUGCAACUGAUAUACGAAUAUGAGCUUCGAACUACAGCAAGUUCAAAGGGUUUGGGAGGGUAUCCGCACAGCCAGUCCAAUUUAUGCAUUUCUACUCGAUGACAUUGACAUUUACGAUGCUACCAAAGGUGUUUUCCAUGCUAGACUGCAGGUCGCGCCUCACCACCUUAAUUCGAAGGGUACCUUGCAUGGCGUAUUUUCUGCCUGCGUAACUGACUGGGCGGGUGGUUUGGCAAUUGCAUCAUGCGGACUCGACUCCACAGGAGUCAGCACAAACAUUCAUGUCAACUAUCUCUCUACAGCAAAGACAGGAGACUGGCUAGACAUCGAAGGUCGCGCUGACAGAGUUGGACGGAAUCUAGCUUUCACAACUGUGACGAUUUGCAAGAUAACUGAGUCUGAUGAAAGGACAGUUGUUGCACAGGGAUCUCAUACCAAAUACAUCAAAACACGAUAACCCAUUACGCUCAUACAGCUAUGGAAGGAUGGCAUUCAGACUUGGAAGGAGGACUCGAGGGCACUCAUUGGACGUUCAUACAACCGCAAUCAUCUUUACAUCUGGCAUGAAGCGCAUAUACUUUGAAUGCUUGAUUCACUCGGAUAGCGGAGAAUUAUUCCAUCCUUUCUUGCUUUAGAUACCUUGUCUCCUUGGUGAUGGAGUAAGGUAAUAACGGAUGGGCAUAUACCCAUGAAUUAGAUUUACGUGCUAGGAGAGUCCACUUUAGACUGCAGUGAAUAUCUAUCGUACAUUCCUCCAUAUAGAUACUCAAAAGAUCCCAUUUUG